GAAGCCCCCACAAUGCAUCACGAAGAGCACCCUAGCAAAGAUGGCGGCAUUUCCGGCAUCGUUAUUCAAGUGAACUUUCAGACUUUGUACAGUUGUUCAAAUAGAUUCCUAUCUUUUCGUCCAGCUGUAUUAUAAGAUCAUAUCUUAAUGUAGUUGAAAGCAGUAAUUUGCGGGGUUUAUUUCAGUGUGUCGUAGUGUUUUUAAAAUAAUUCAUCUCUUUAACGGUCAGCAGUAACUGACAGCAGACCGCGGAGUGUCAGCAGAUCAGAGACUCAAAACCAUCAAACAGCUCAGACAUGAAGGAAGCUCUGACCCUGGUUCACAGACUGAGUGCACAUCCGGACUCUCGGUGCUGGUUCGUUAGCUGGAACCCAACCGGGACUCUGCUGGCCUCAUGCGGAGGUGACAAGGCCAUCCGGAUAUGGGGACGAGAAGGUGACUCUUGGGUUUGUAAGACGGUGCUUCAGGAUGGACACCAGCGCACUGUGAGGAAAGUGGCGUGGUCACCCUGUGGGAAUUAUUUGGCCUCUGCCAGUUUUGAUGCAACAACAUGCAUCUGGAAGAAGAAAGGCGAUGACUUUGAGAGUCUGACUGUGCUGGAGGGACAUGAGAAUGAGGUUAAAUGUGUGGCGUGGGCACCAUCAGGGAAUCUGCUGGCAACAUGUAGCCGAGACAAAAGUGUUUGGGUCUGGGAAGUGGAUGAAGAAGAUGAGUAUGAGUGUGUCACAGUUGUAAACUCUCACACACAAGAUGUAAAGCAUGUUGUGUGGCACCCAACACAGGAGCUCCUGGCCUCAGCUAGCUAUGACAACAACAUUUGUAUCUACAAGGAAGAUGAUGAUGACUGGGAGUGCAGAGCCACCUUACAAGGACACACGUCAACAGUGUGGGCGUUGUCUUUUGAUGCAGCCGGACAGAGACUGGCUUCAUGCAGUGAUGACCGGACUGUGAAGAUUUGGAAGGAUUAUUCCAAUGAAAGUGGACCAGGCGGAGAUUUGACGUGGAAGUGCAUUUGCACGCUGUCUGGGUACCAUGGACGAACAGUCUAUGAUGUUGCCUGGUGUCGGUUGACUGGAGCCCUGGCUACAGCCUGUGGUGAUGACGCAGUGCGAGUGUUUAAAGAAGACGAAGCAUCUGAUCCAGAUAAGCCCGUAUUCUCACUGUCGGCUCAAGUGGCAAAAGCUCACAGUCAGGAUGUAAACUGUGUCUCCUGGAACCCAAAGGAGGCAGGAAUUCUGGCGUCCUGUGGUGAUGACGGAGAGAUCGCCAUCUGGAGGUUUCAAGAAGAAGCCUGAACGCUGAUAAACGAAUACACUGCUCUUCUAACAACAGUUACUGCACGUUACACUGGGAACCAUGUGGUCCUGAGGUCACCACGUUUUAGUAAUAAUUCAGCUUUCACAGCUUAUCUGACAGCUCUGCAGUAUUCAGCUCAAUAUUAAACAUGCCACCCUUUUAUUUUUCUUAAUCUUUUUUUUGUCAGCUCAUAUUGUGCUUUGUUAAUUGAUUUUCUUUAUAAAAGCUUAAAUGAUUUUAUAAUUCAUGUUUGUAAAGAUAAGUAAAAUAAAAACAAGAAAA